GAGCCUCGCCCCCUUGCACACAGCUGCACGGAUCCCAGGGGGUUUGCAUCUCUCUGAGCCGGGCUCUCUGGGGCCAUGGGGGGCCCUGGGGCGGGACGUGGGGCACCGGCGGUGGCACUGCUGGCAGUCCUGGCUUCUGCUCUGCUGAUCCCAGAGACCGGCUCCCUGCGCUGUCACAGCCACAGCUCCGUCCUGCUCCGCGACCGGGGGGGUAAACACCUCGACAGCGUCGUCACCCACAAUGGCACCGAGUCCUGUGCCCUGGCCCACAGCGCCUGCAUGGAGGCUGCCGUCACCCUCAGCGCAGGGGGCAUGUCCGUGACUGUGAUCCAAAGGGGGUGCAGAGAUGGACACCCCAAGGGAGGGACCGAACCCCCCGCUGCGCCCAGCAGAUUCCUCCACAUCCAGGCCGAUGUCCGCUACUGCCAGUCUGACCAGUGCAAUGCCAAGGGGCUCGGGCUGGGGCGCUCCGGCCAGGGCACAGCUUCAGCCCCCGGCGGCCCCACCCAGUGCUACGCCGGCCUGAGCCUCGGCCCCCAGCCCCACACUCUGGAGCGGGUGACGUGCGACGGGGACGACGCCCACUGUUACCAUGGCAAUGUCACCCUCACAGCAGGGAAGCUCACGGUGCCCAUCUUUGUGUGGAGCUGCCAGGCCCCGUCCUGCGCCGUGCCGCCCAGCCGCCACGUCGGCCCCCUGCACCUCAGCCAGGCCGGCGCCUGCUGCUCCGGCAGCUACUGCAACGGGCAGAGGGCCCUGGCACAGGUCUCUGGAAACGUCAGCGAUGACCCCCUCGCCAACACCACGGCCAGGAAAGACCACAAACACCCCGGGCGCAGCCACGGCACGGCUCCCACGAGGCCGCCCUACCUAGACGAUAGCACGGAGACACAAUAUCUGGACCCAGACGUCACCGUCUAUGACAACCGCACAGAGCCAUCCGACCCCGGCUACAAGGGGGACCUGCCCCACAGCACCCGCCCCCGCACCCGCCCCACCGAGCCCGGCAAGAAAAACAGCUACCCCAAAUCCACCACCCACCCCGGCCACAAGCACCCCAAUCCCGGGGCCCAGGGCUCCCAGGCGCCCGGACUACGCCUCUGCCCCCUGCUGGUGGUGCUGGGGAUAGCCCACCUGUGGCUGUGAGGGGGGCUGGGGACCAGGACGCCUGGGUCCUGCCCCCAGCUCUGGGAGGGGAGUGGGGUCUAGUGGGUUGGAGCAAGGGGGGCUGGGGUUGCCCCAACUCUUAGUAGCUAUGAGGAAGUCACUCCCCCGCCACACACACACAUUGCUUGCCUCAGUUUCCCCACAUUGAAAGGGAGGGCUCCCAGAGAUGGGGGGGGUCGCUCCCCAUUUCCCCGCAUUGCUGCUGAUGAUUUCAGUCCCCAUUAACCCCUUGUGGGGGCCCUGCCCUGCGCUCCCUCCCCCCACCCCCCCCAUCCUCUGUCUUUA